AUGCUGCAGCGCUCCUCUUCCCUCCUUCGUUCCGCUCCCGCCUCUCGCGCCGCGUCUCUGGUCAGCGGUGCGCAGUGCUACGCCACCAAGGCCGGCGAGGCUGCUCCGCUGCUGAACAAGACCGUCGGCGAGCUGCUGAGCGAUCAGAAGGCCAAGUAUGAACACAAGGACGUGCUCGUCGUGUCCCACCAGGACAUCAAGUGGACCCACGUCGAGCUGGACAAGUACGUGCGAGGGUGGGGCAACGGCCUGCCGGAGGCCCGAGUCACGAGGAAGCCCGCUCCGGCCACCCCCGACCGAGUCCUCUCCUUCCUCGCCAACGAUGCCGAGAACAUCGUGACGCAGCUCGGCACGGCGACCGCCGGACGUAUCGUGGUGCCGGCCAGCCCCGAGACCACCGCCUCUCCCGCUGAAGUCGAUGCCGCCCUCAAAACGCUGCAGGCGCGCAUGGUGAUAGUCCCCGCCAGGUUCGAGGACCGCAACAACAUCGACGCCCUCAACGCGCUCGACGAGGAGAUCCCCACCUGGCCGCUGGGCGUCGCGCUCAACCUGAAGAAGUACCCGAACCUCAAGCACGUGGUCAACACCGGCGAGCAGUUCUACAGGGGUCACACCAUGUGGCGGGACCUGAUGGUGUACAACCCGACCCCCAGCAACCUCCCGGCUGCCGGCUCCGUCUCGCCCAGCGAGGCCGUGCUGGGCUACCUCUCCGGGGGCCAGACGGCGAUGUUCAGUCACAGCGCGGUGGUGAACAGCGGCGCCCUGUUCGGUAGCGUCGUGGGCCUCACCUCGAGCGACCGAAUCUGCGUCGCGUCGCCUCUGCACACCGGCCACGGCCUGCAAGCCAUCGUGGCUGCCAUCGCCCACGGCGCGGUGGCGGUGGUCCCGUCGCUUGUGUUCGAGGCCGACCAGGUGCUGGCCAGCCUCGCGCGGGACGUGUGCACCGUGCUCCAGGUCUCCCCGCAGCAGCUCAAGGCCGUCCUCGACUCCCCGGUCCUCGCCAAGCACGACCUCGCCGCCCUCCAGAAGCUCGUCAUCGUCGGUUCGGCACACGAAAGCUCCGCCGAGGUUGCCCAGCUCGUCGAGCGCGCCACGAGCGCGUUGAAGGUGAAGGAGGUGGUGGUGGCCCACACGGCCCCCAACGUGGCGGGCGUCUUGUUCGCCGGUAGCGCGACCCAGAACGCGUCCAGCCCUGCUGCUGGUCGUCUCCUGCCGCACGUCGAGGCCAAGCUUGUGGACGGCGGCAAGGCCGUCAAGCCCGGCGCCUCGGGCAAGCUCUACGUCCGAGGGUUCAACGUGACACAGGGCUACUGGGGCGCUGAGAAGGCGGCGGUGGACAAGGAGGGCUGGCUCGACACUGGCCUUCAGGCCUCGGCGUCUGCCGAUGGUCUCUACACCAUCAAGCACUAG